UCCCAAAUCCGACUACUUCUGCAACUACCUCCAACCACCACUCUAAAGCAACAUAUAAUAUUGCAGAGAUGGCUGCUGAAGGUGCAUCAACGAAUGGCACGACGCCAUCAGAGCGUCACGCCAUUGGAAUCUCGUUCGGAAACUCCAACAGUUCAAUUGCGUUCACCACCUCCGAAGACAAGGCUGAGGUUAUUGCCAACGAGGAUGGAGAUCGUCAAAUCCCUUCCAUUCUAUCGUAUGUCGACGGAGAGGAGUACAAUGGCCAGCAAGCCAAGGCACAACUGAUCCGCAAUGGCAAGAACACUGUUGCGUACUUCAGAGAUUAUUUGGGACAAGACUUCAAGUCGAUAGACCCCACCCACAGUCACGCCUCUGCCCACCCCAUCGCUCACGAAGACACAAUCGCAUUCAAGAUCCACGACAAGGAGACCGACGAAGAAUCAACAGUCACAAUCUCCGAGAUUGCCACUCGCCAUUUCCGUCGUCUUGCUCAGUCUGCCUCCGAUUACACUGGAAAGACUGUCAACUCUGCCGUAAUCACCAUCCCAACCAACUUCAGCGAGAAGCAAAAGGCCGCCCUUACAAAGGCUGCAACCGAUGCUGGCCUUGAAGUUCUCCAACUCAUUCACGAGCCAGUCGCCGCUCUUCUUGCAUACGAUGCACGCCCCGAAUCAAAGGUAGUAGACAAGAUUGUGGUUGUUGCAGACCUUGGUGGAACUAGAUCAGAUGUGGCAGUUAUUGCUUCAAGAGGUGGAAUGUACACUAUUUUGGCCACCGCACACGAUUACGAUACUGCAGGUGUACACCUCGACACUGUUCUGCAAGAUCAUUUCUCAAAGGAGUUCAUUAAGUGGAAUACAACUGAUCCCCGAGAGAAUGCCCGCAGUUUGGCGAAGCUGAAGCAAGAAUCCGAGGCUACCAAGAGAGCUCUGAGCAUUGGUACCAACGCCAACUUCAGUGUUGAGAGUUUAGCUGAGGGUAUUGAUUUCGCAUCCACGAUCAACAGACUGCGGUACGAGACGAUUGCUCGCAAGGUCUUUGAGGGAUUCAACCGUCUCAUCGAGGGUGUUGUUAAGAAGGCUGGCCUUGAUGUUCUGGACAUCGAUGAGGUUAUCCUCUCUGGAGGAACUUCCCACACACCAAAGAUCGCCUCCAACAUGGCCAACAUCUUCCCAUCCACCACAACCAUCCUUGCUCCAUCCACCACACCAACCGCUAUCAACCCAGCCGAGUUACAAGCACGAGGAGCUGCUCUGCAAGCCAGCUUGAUUCAAGAAUUCGACAAGGAGGACAUUGAGCAGUCUACCCAUCCCGCUGUUACAACAGUCAAGCAUCUCAGCCAUGCUAUUGGUGUUCUCGCUAUCACUGGAGACGAGAGUAAGGGAGUGUUCCAACCAAUCAUCUCCGCCGAGACUGCCAUGCCCGCUCGCCGCACAAUCCACAUCAACGCACCAAAGGAGGGUGGCGAUGUACUGAUCAAGAUCGUCGAGGGAGGUUCAUCCAUUAAGGUCUCCAAGGCCGAGCCAAAGGCCAAGAUCAACGGAGAGAAGAAUGAUAGUGAUGAUAGCGACUCAGACGAUAGCGACGAGGAGCCAGAGGAUGUUCGCGAGAAGGUCUGGAAGGUCGGUAACGUGCUAGCCGAAGCAGCUAUCAAGGGUGUCAAGAAGGGUGGCAAGGUCGAGGUCAUGAUCAACGUUGCAGGUGAUGCCGCUGUUACAGUGACAUGUAGGGAAGUUGGGGGAAAAGGAGGAGUCCGUGGAAACUUGUCGGCAUAAUCUUAUCUGCUUGGAUGUAGAUGUGAUUUGAGUGCAUUGUUCGUUGCGCUGGGCUUUAGAGCUUAGAUCGCUGUCAUGAUAGGAGAUUUGCGUCGCGUUGCGUUGGCGCCGCAUUUUAUAGAUCGUUUGUGAAGGCUUGGGCAUUACAUAGAGAGGAAACAAAAAUGGAAAGUUUUGAUACGAAGCC